CUAUUCAUUCGUAACGCAAUCUCAAUAUCGGCAUCAACUCGAGCUUAUUCGACUGUGUCUCUGGCUUUACGUCAAGCAGAGUCCGUAUAAAGCUAUUAUUUCCCAAGUAUCCAAGGAAAACCUUAAAACAAGCAAGUUUAUCAUGUCGAAAAAGCCGUGGCCAAUGGAUCGCGCUAAGGUCGUAAGGAUGUGGAUUGAGGGGAAGACUAGUUGCAAUUUCGGAGGAGAUACUGCGGACGAUUUCCAGAACACGCUCAAGAGCGGAGUCGUACUUUGCAAACUGGCAAAUGCUAUACAGCCUGGGGCCAUCAAGAAAAUUAAUAACGCCAAGAUGAACUUUAUGAUGAUGGAGAAUAUCGAGAAUUUUUGUAAUUUCGUCCAGACCAAAGGAGUCGCAUCGCAAUAUCAAUUCGUGACAAUCGACUUGUUCGAGGGGAAGAACAUGCAUCAGGUGCUUAUUACUCUAAAUGAUUUGAAAAAUCAGACGGAGAAGCUCUGAUGCCAUGCAGUUCCUUGUUGCUUGCCCUAUCUCACGAAAUUCCGAACGUUCCAAGCACUUGGCUAAACCAUCCACACAGCCUGGACUGACAGUGCUGAAGAACGCAAGACUAGUUCCAGUAUCGCGCGGUUAAACCAGCCUUUUUGUUUUGAAAUGGCGGCGUUUUACCGGCGAACUUUCACAUUUUGGCGAAUGCUAAGAAAACUAGACCAAAGAUAAGGCUAUAAUUCUCUUUAUGACUCCCUCAUUAUCACACAAAUCUGUCAUCUUUUGUACAGUAUGGUUUUAAUGCUGUACAGUUAGUGAAAACAGCAACUGAAGUCAUCUUUUCGUACUUUUACUCGAACGAUUCAACACUUCGAUUGUGUUUGUUUUCGCAAGAGCACUCGCAUGCGUUAUUCAGCACUGUCACCUGGACUAUCCUUUACAUUUGUACUAUGAAGAAUUCAUUGGGGCAAUAAAAAUAUCCACAAAA